AUCUGAUCGCCAUAUUGCUUCUUCCUAUACCACACCCAGGCGAGCCGAUUAGGAGGAUAGUGGACUCAAAAUAGGGUCUAAUACUGACCCUUUUUGAAGCCCAUUACCUCAAAAAAGACAAAUGGAACUAGAAAAUAUUGUUGCAAACACCGUCUACAUCAAAGCCAGAGAAGGUGGUGGUGGAAAGCGGAAGGGGAAAAGCAAAAAAUGGAAACAAAUUUUGAAAUUUCCCCAUAUAACUGGGUGUAUGGAUAUAAAAAAUAAAAUUUCUCAGUCGUAUCACUAUAUUGUGGAACAACAGCCAAUUGGACGCGAAUUGUUCCGCAUGUACUGUUUCCGAACACCCACACUUGCCAAAGCCAUCAGUUUCCUAGACAUGGUGAAUGAUUAUGAAGUUGCACCAGAUGAAAAAAGACCUACCAAGGCCACCGAAGUGUUUGAAAAAUAUCUAAAUUCAAAGUCUCCCGACUAUGUCAGUCAAAUAAACGGUAAUCAUGUGACGGCUAUCAAGGAGUCCAUCUCGGACAACACAUCAGGGAAGGAACUGUUUAAUACGUGUACACAGAUAAUUUUAGAAUAUUUACAUGGAGAGCCGUUCAGAGAUUUUUUAGAUAGUAUGUAUUUUAAGCGGUAUCUACAGUGGAAGUGGCUGGAAGGACAACCUGUGACCAAGAAUACGUUUCGGAUGUACCGGGUUUUGGGGAAGGGUGGGUUCGGGGAGGUGUGUGCUUGUCAGGUGAGGGCUACUGGGAAAAUGUAUGCAUGUAAAAAGCUGGAAAAGAAGAGGAUAAAGAAGAGGAAUGGAGAGAGGAUGGCUCUCAAUGAAAAACAGAUUCUACAAAAAGUCAAUUCACGGUUUGUUGUUAGCCUAGCCUAUGCAUUUGAAACCAAAGAGGCGUUGUGUCUAGUAUUAACUCUGAUGAACGGGGGCGACCUCAAGUUCCACAUCCACAAUAUGGGGAACCCUGGCUUUGAAGAGGAGCGGGCAGUCUUCUGUGCGGCCGAAAUCACAUGUGGUCUGGAGGACCUCCAACAGAAGAGGAUUGUGUACAGAGAUUUGAAACCUGAAAAUAUUCUCCUUGACGACUUUGGUCACCUAAGGAUUUCUGAUCUGGGACUAGCAGAGGAGGUCCCAGACGGAGAGACCAUCAAAGGUCGUGUCGGAACGGUGGGGUACAUGGCUCCGGAGGUGGUGAAGAAUGAGCGGUACUCCUUUAGCCCGGACUGGUGGGGACUCGGCUGUAUAAUAUACGAAAUGAUCGAGGGCAAGAGUCCGUUCAGGGCAAGGAAGGAGAAAGUGAAGCGUGACGAGGUUGAUCGUCGUGUGCGGGAGGACCGCGAGGUAUACUCAUCCAAAUUCUCCGACGACUGCAGGGAUGUAUGUACUCAGCUUUUACAAAAAGACCCGAACCUCAGACUAGGUUGUACCUGUGGAAAAAAUGGUGCCAAAGCGGUGAAAGGCCAUCAAUUCUUCAAAGCGACCAACUUCAGGCGGUUACAGGCUGGAGUGUGUGACCCACCCUUUGUACCAGAUAGGAGGGCUGUAUACUGCAAGGAUGUCCUUGAUAUUGAGCAAUUCUCAACAGUGAAGGGCGUGAACCUUGACCCCAGCGACGACCGAUUUUAUAGCAAUUUUAGUACUGGAAGUGUGUCAAUCCCCUGGCAGAAUGAGAUGAUUGAGACGGACUGCUUCAAGGAGUUGAACACAUUCGGUGAGAACGACAGUCCCCCUCCUGACCUGAUGGAGGACCAACCUCCUCCCCCGCAUCGCACCGGGCUCCUCGACAGGAUCUUCAGGCGACAGAGGCAUCGAGACACCCACUGACGACUAUGAAUCUCCUGUGCACCGUCAUGUCUGUUGUAACAUACUGGUACCUUGGAAAGCGUAUCUUAUUUCUACAAUUUCAUCGUGAUACCCAGUGACAACCGGAAUACUUGUGAUAAGAGUAUUAUUGUGAAUGUAGAAAAUAAGUUUUGUUGUAGAGGACGGGGUACCAAUGGAAGGGAUGGUUAAAAUAGGGAUACAACUGACCCAGAAUUUAUUUGUAUGGGAACAGACUAGAGUUAAUCGUCAGUAGUCUCCCCUGUAUAGAAUCGUGCAGCUACACUUACGACACACUCCCCCCGUGGCUUCAUGUCAAGGUCAUCCAGAAUUAGCUGGUGUUGAUGGACACUUCUACCCCUGCAGGCCAGUACUAGUAUUCUUAGAUUAACCAAUGGCAUUCAAGGUGACUUCAUCAAACCACCAUAUUGUUGAAAUGUCUUGGUGAAUUUCAUUGGUUGAGAGAACUAUAUUUUAAAAUUUUAAAACAUUCUGUGAAUAUAUGAGAAAAAAAUUAGUUUGGUUGAAGGUUAAAUUCAGGUGUACAAGUGAAAUUCCUUGCUGGAAUGGAUGCCUGAUGUAUCUUUCACGAUCAUCAACUGUGUUAGGGAAUUUCGUUGUUCAAGGAUAAAUGUUGUUGCUUAUCGUUGACUGCAACAUUCAUUGGUGAAAUGGAUAUGUAGUGUUGUAACUCGGGGACGUGUUCCCUGUCUGUGUAGUACAGUAUAGAGCCCAGUAUGGGUUAGCGUAUGUAUUCUAGUCUCGGUGUGUAAUGCGAACUCUCUGUGCGAGGAUUCAACCCGCAGUGUGCGUGGAUGAUGUGUUGAUGACACUGCUCUGACUUGCCAUGAAUUGUCUCCCCUAGGUUAUCGUGAUAUGGCGCAUACAAGAUAUAUAUUAGUGAGAAGUGUAUGGAUAUAUAUUGUGUUUUUAAUUAUUGAGGUAUGAUAUUGUAUCAUCUGUGCUGUAAAAACCUGUCAUGUUCUUUACGUAUCUCUGUCUCCAGAUGUCGGUUGACACAAUGAAGGUUGCUUUAGAUCAAAUUAAAAUGGUCGUAUUCUAAAUAAAUUCUCAAUGUGUCAAAAUCAUCAAUGUGUGAAAAAUCAAGGAAAAACAAGACAUGUAUGUAUACGGAAUAUCGGAGAUUGGUUGAAUUUUAGAAAACUGAUACAGUGUACUAGAACUGAACUGAAAAUUCUCUGUAUUCAAAGUUUAGCAAAAUAUUAAGUAUAUGUUUGGAAUAUCAAAGAUUGAUCUCGUUAAGUUUCAGUUUUGUAUUCAGAAUUUAGCAUGUAUGAUGGAAUAUUAAACAAAGUCUGCAUAUUCAAAAUUUUGCCAAAUAUCAAGCAUUUAGAAAUUAAUAUGUAUAACGCAUAUCAAAUUUGAAUCAGUUUUUGAAAGCAGAUAUCAUAUAAUUUCCAUAGUAGGUUGUUUUAUGCUUGUAACUUCUACACUAGAUUUGCACUGCAAGGUUACUUUUCAUUGGAUGAUAUUGUAAGCCAAUCAUCUGAUCUGUUACAUUUCAAAUAAAAAGUAGUUCGUGACAGUUCAUUUCCUAUGCAUUUUCAAAAAUUUCUCAAUUUGAAUUUGUGGAAAAGUAUUUCAUCAUGAACUCUCUAUUUUUCGGGAAAUUAUCUUUUUUUUAAGCCAAAACAAACUAAUUGCAAUUUAAAUCUAAUGGAUGUUACCUAAGACAGAAUAAGACAGGUUUUUCUGCACAUUUGAAAUGUUUUUGUUUUGUUAAAAUUUGUUCAUUGACUGGUACAACAUGAGAUGUUCUUUAUGCUCGUAUAUGUGUGUUACACACAUGCACUUGUACCCUAUAUCAUUAUGAUAAUGCAUGUUUUAGAGAUUAAUGAAGGAAAACUAACUACAUUUUUCAAAGAUUGUGUUUUUUUGUGAAUUGAACUUAGUGCUGUGUCAAACGGAAACUUACGGUAUUGUUUCCCGGAACAUUUACAGCGAUGUUUUGUAAAUGUUUUUGUUUAUUGAAUAGUAUUUGUAUUUUUACAGUUCUUCAUAUUAUGAUUUAUAGUGUAAACAAACAUUUUACCUUUCACCAAUAACAUGUUCCUUCAUUGUAAAUGUCGGUUAUUUUGUUCCGUUCAAUCCUCGUCAUGUCUGAUAAAAAGAUGGAUCCUGCUACCUCAUCCCCGUUUGUCACCACUUGUGAAAUUACGACAGAAAACAAACAUGAUUAAUUAGCCUUUCUUAUACUGCGAAACCUGUCCAAUCUGAUUCCAGAUUAUUCCAACGUACGGUCUAAUCCAACGUCAUGCUAUAAUCCCAUUUCUAAUAAGAACUGCCAAAUAAGCUCUGUGUAUUCUGACAUACUAUAUAAUCUGACCAAUGUGUUGUUUCCCGUGGAGUGUCAGAUAGGAUUCACACUUGGGUUGUAGCCUUCCUAUUUACAGACAAUAGACAGGUUUUAGAGAAUCUGAAGAUGGCCUGAUUUUUUUUUUUUUAAAGUUGGAAAAUCACAACAGCUGAUCUACUGAUGUUCCUCAGUGUUAAACGACCAGGAGUACUGCUGCAUUUCUUCCUAGCUGACUGUGGACAAAGUGCUUGAAUUGUAGAAUCAAAAAGACACCACAUCUGCAUACUGCAGACUUAGGCCAAAUAAAAUUAAUUACUUGGUUCUCAGGCCAAUUUUUUUCAAAACAGAUGUGGCAGGGAGGUAUUCUUUUUCUCCAUUUUACAUGGCAAAAACGAGACGAGGGCGAUUUUUUUUUUAUUGUGUAGUUUGUAAAACGUUCAUUGUGGGCAUAACCUUGUCUUUUUAUGGUUGUGUAGAGACCCGUCAUAGAGCAAGCCUCCGAAAAUCCCCACACAGAUGUUCCAGACGAGAAUCACGAACCCCCCAUUCCUUAUUUGUACCAAAAUGAGCGCCAUUUGUACACAAGACUAAUAAGUCAUAAUCGUUUUAACCCUUGCCUGUAUAUCGAUCCUUAUCUUUAUUCAAACGUUUUCGGGACUUGGGUGACUAACGAGUAAAAAUGACAUGCGGACCAAUUUUGCGUAUUUUUUUAAAGACGGCUGCUGGCGCAUUCACAAUUUUGUUUUUAUUACUUUCACGAUAAAAUCGGCAAUGUGGUGCCUUAAAAUGAAAUGCGCGCGAUCCUGAGAACCAAUUUAUCAAUUUGUUUUGGCCUUACUAAAUUUCUUAAAUAUUGUUUUCAUUUCAAACCUCAUAAAAAUUCCAUAUGAUCUAAUUAAAACUGCAUGAAGGAGAGGGCUUUCUUAGACUUUGCCUUGUUGCUCAGUUCUUAUGGUAUGAAAGACCUGUACAAUAAGAAAAUCAAUUAUUAUAAAAUAAUAUAUUCUUAAAUGAAAAAUAGUAAUCAUAAAAGAAUAUAUUCUGAAAUGUGAAAAAAUAUCCUAACUGCACUACAGUACAAUGAUUUCCGAUGAAAAACGGAUGAUCCUAAAAGAUAUUUUGAGACUUUUUCUGCAUACAUGAGUGAUGGAAGCUGGUCUUACAUCAGUUGUGUUCACAUUAAUAUUAUACAAAACAGAUUUUGUAUUGGUUUUAACUUUUAUGAAGCUGGUCUUUUCUUGAAGCUUGUACAUCCUGUAUUAGCAUCAAAUCAUACGUUUAAUAAAGCUGGUCUUUUGUCAAAAGCUGGUCUUUGCCCUAAGAAACAGAAUAAACAUAAUAUAUAAAGCUGGUCUUUGCCCUAAGAAACAGAAUAAACAGAAUAUAUAAAGCUGGUCUUUGCCCUAAGAAAAAGAAUAUAUAAAGCUGGUCUUUUCAUGGAAGCUGGUCUUUGCACAAGUUAAAGAUAAAGCUGGUCUUUUCAAUAAAAAAGCUGGUCUUUGCAAAAGGAAACUCAAGGUCAACAGAGAGUUGUUAAAAAUUAAUCGGGUAAAUGCUUCAGCAUUAUAGCUGGUUUUCUUUCAAGAGGCACAUUCUGUGCACAAGGUAUAGCUCCAAUCUUAAGGGUUUCUUAGGUACAGGAAUGCAGUCUUUGGUACUAGAAUGCAAGACAGGUAUUAAAUAAGUUCUGUUUUUUCUUAACCCUUUCACCACUAUAGACCAUAAUGGACGUAUCCAGAUCAAUGCAUGGUAGAGGUUAUGAAAGUUUUAUCGGGGUGAAAGGGUUAAAGAAACAUAUUCAAUGAGUCCAACCUAAAUUAACCUAGAUUAUGAAUAACCAUGUUGACAGUUGUCAUGGUUACGAUUCAAUGUUAAUAAAUGGGUGCCCUAUCACUAAUUAAGACUUUUACAUUUUGAUAGUUAAUAUAAGGCCUUAAAGUUUUCAUUUUUUUUCUACUUUUUUUUGCCUAUCAAUGCAAGAAUGAUUUUGAAUUUUGAUCAGUUUAUGACAAAAUGUGGUGAGGCUUUUAGCAGUCUUCCGUUUGUUUUGCAAUUGUAUAUUUUUUUUGGUGGUGACAUUGAUUAUGAUAUUUAAAAUUAGAAAUAUGAGCACAUUGUUAAAACACACUCAAGUUCACACGAUUUUAAUACGGGACUUAAGGUCCCAAGCACGUAGGAUAAUUUAAAUAAAAAACCCUGUAUAAAUGAGAUCAUGAAGAAAUGGUAAUCGCUUCAGAAAACCCCCAUCAGGUUUUGUAAUUGAAGAUUUUUAGUUGUUGAUAAUCACAAACAUGUUUUUAGAGUUUGUUACUGAAGACCAAGGAGUAAUAUUUUUAUAAAAGAUUAAAACCAGUUUGUCUGGCUUUGUUUACAAUUUGUCUUUUUCGUGAUUAGUAAAUCUAUAUGCAGCAUUUUACAAAGUCUUUUGUAUGUCUGCAUUGAUGAAAACCUGGUUUAAGGUGGUAGUUUUUUUUUCAACAAAUUUUGCAGUUCAACUUUCACUGGAGCAUAGAAGAGCAUAACGAUUUGUGACAUUUUGUUACUGGUAUUUUUGUUUUAAAAUUGUAUUGGUCUAAAGUUGAGUCAGGAAGAACUUUCAUAUCACAGAAGUUCCAACAUCUGUUGGCUAACUACAAUGUCUAGUGUCAAGUAAGAUGCAGCUGGUCUGCAUACAAUCCAUUAUAUAAUUGACCUGAUGUGAAACUUUUGUUAAAAUAAUGAAGAAGUUAACUAUCCAGUAAGGAUUAAAAAAUUGAAAACUUUAUUAACAUGGGGGAAAUUAGGAGUUAACACCUUAAUUAACAUAAUGUUAAAAUCAAUAGUUUAUGAUCAAUGUAUAAUAACACUAACUGCCCUUUGAAAAUUACAUACAUAUGCUUUAGCUCUUUCUCACUUAAAGAUUUAAAGGAACUGUAAAAGCACUCGGUAUUAAAAUUUGAAGUAAAUGCAUAAAGCAACUUUCUUUCAGUAGGCAUUGCUAUUGUACUACUGACUAAGCCCUACCUGGCAUUGCUAUUGUAGUACUGACUUGGCUCUAUUGGGCAUCGCUAUUGUAGCACUUACUAUGCCCUACCUAGCAUCGCUAUUUAAGCACUAACUAUGCCCUACCUGGCAUCGCUAUUGUACUACUGACUAAGCCCUUAAAGGCAUUGCUAUUGUAGUACUGACUUAGCUCUAUUGGGCAUCGCUACUGUAGCACUUACUAUGCCCUACCUAGCAUUGCUAUUUAAGCACUAACUAUGCCCUACCUGGCAUCGCUAUUGUAGUAUUGACUAUGCCCUACCUGGCAUCGCUAUUGUAAUACUGACUUUGCUCUAUUGGGCAUCACUAUUGUAGCACUAACUAAGCCCUACCUGGCAUCACUAUUGUAGCACUAACUAUGCCCUACCUGGCAUCGCUAUUAUAGCACUAAGUAUGCCCUACCUGACAUCUUUAUUGUAGUACUGAUAAUGCCCUACCUGGCAUUGCUAUUGUAGUACUGACUUGGCUCUAUUGGGCAUCACUAUUGUAGCACUAACUAUGCCCUCCAAGGCAUCACUAUUGUAGUACUGACGUGGCUCUAUUGGGCAUCGCUAUUGUAGCACUAACUAUGCCCUACCUGGCAUCGCUAUUUUAAAAUUAACUAUGCCCUACCUGGAAUCGCUAUUUUGUACUGACUAAUCCUUUCAAGGCAUUGCUAUCUUAGUACUGACUUAGCUCUAUUGGGCGUUGUUAUUGUAGCACUAACCAUGCCCUACCUGGCAUCGCUAUUGUAGUACUGACUUGGCUCUAUUGGGCAUCACUAUUGUAGCACUUACUAUGCCCUACCUGGCAUUGCUAUUGUAGAACUAACUGAGCCCUACAAGGCAUUGCUAUUUAGGGUUCACUGUUGCAGUAUUGAUGUCUUUGAACUAUCAGAUAUCUUAAACAAUACAGGACCAAUGAUUAUUAAUUUAAGUCUGUGACAUUUUUGAGAUGAUAGUUUUUCAUUCUCAGAUUUUUUUUGAAACUCCAUCCCCACCCCCUUUCCACAUUGCUGUUCAGUGUUAAAUCUUAAUUUAUGACAAACUUCCCUGUGAUUUGCAUAUUCAUGAUGAAUUAAGUAAUUUGCAUAUUCAUGAUGAAUUAAGUAAUUUGCAUAUUCAUAAUGAAUCAAGUUAUUUGCAUAUUCAUGAUGAAUGAAGUGAUUUGCAUAUUCAUGAUGAAUGAAGUGAUUUGCAUAUUCAUGGUUCAGAACAGUACCUGUAGUUGUCCAAUCCCAGUGUUUGUGGGCAUGAGCUAUGUAAGUGGGUGACACAUUGAAUAUUGUUUGUCCCGCCUCCCCUGAAUCUCGGCCUCUAGCUUGCUGUAGAAUCUCCUCAUUAAUCUGUAAUCUAUAUAUCCAUGCCCCUUUGUUGCCCCUGUACAUCUACAUAUGCCACCCCACAUGUUCAAAUUACACAUGUCAACUGUUGUUUGUUUACUCAUUGUAUAUGUGUAUGUUACACAUGUGUCAGAUAUAGCACAUGUGCCUUCCAUGUGUCAAAAUAUUCAUAGUAUUGGCUUAAGCCUAGCUGCCUGAUACCAUACUUGGAAGAGUUCUCUCCCCUAGGGUAAAAUGUUUCAUACUUGCCUUGAAUUUUUGUGUUCUCCUGAAUCUUGAUUGGCAGUCUUAUAAUAGCCAGCAUCAAUGACUUUCUGUUGAAAUGUAGCUUCAAUACUUACUUUUGACCCGUUGUGUAUAACUAAUUGGUGGAAUGAUACCCUGAAAAUAAAAUGAUGUGCAUAAAUGAUGUUGUCAAAUAAUAUGAGAAACAACAGAUGCACCUAACAUUUUUUUCCCCACAAGUUGCCAGAUUUACAAAAUAGUUUGCAUCUCAAUACUCCAAUAAUAUUUCCUAUAAAUAGUUCCUAUAAAAGAUUCUAAAUAGAAAUAAGUGAAAUUAUACUGUAGUGUAUUUCUGUAUUGAUUGACUAAAUGGAAUAUAUUCUAAUGAGAUCACACUUAUCUUAUAUUUCUUUGAUAUCGGGUUAAAAGAAAUAAGUGUCACUGAAAUAUUCUUGAAUCAAAUAAUUAUAUUGCGCAUCAAAAAACGUAUGUAACAUGUUUCCUUUCUAGUUUCCAUACAGAACUUCAGUGUUUUGAAGUUUAUGUUAUGAACACCUGAAUUUUGAGAUUUAUCUCUCUUUUUUUUUCACCAGAAAAAAAUAUUUGAAACUUUUUGAACGUGCUGCGCGAUCCAGCAUGGUACAGUGAAUUUGGGAGCCAAAUUUAGCUUUGUAGUUCCUAUGGAAACAUUUUAUUUUUGAAUAUCCAGUUACAAAAAAGACUUAGUUCCUUGUAUUAAGCUCUGGAUUAAUAUGUUCGGGGUACAUAUACUUUUGUUUCAAGAUACGCCAGGUUUAUUUUGAAGUCUGUUUUCUCACUGUUUUUCAUACUUGAAAUCCAAGAGCUCCUUGAUACACAUACCCUCUCUGUACAUUUGGAAUAUGCUGUGAAACAGUCUGAGCCUCAUGGUAAGCUAUGUUAUUGGUUUCUGGUACAAAACUUGACCAAUUGCUAGGUAAAUAACUGUUUUUGAAGAUUACAAAUCGGCUACACCCAGCUUCAUUCAAAGCUUGUCGACUUAAUUGUUAUGCUACAGCGCUAUUCUUUUGAUCUUCAUCAAGAAUAUCAGACUAGUCUACUUGCAUUAUCCGCAUGGUGUCUUGUAAAAAGUCUUCAAAUUUUCCAUAUUCCAGGGGUGAACAGAAGAUAUGCGUAUUAAGAAUGAAACUCUCUGAUUUAGAGGAUGACCGUUCCUAGGAACGAUCAUUGAACACAAAUUCAGGCAUUCUUGUACAAUCUUCAAAUAUGUUCUUGCAUCAAUAACUCGCCCAAAAUAUAAAUAUUAUGACCAGAAAUUUUGAAUUAAUUUUAUCUCAUUCACCCCUGAAAUUUCAUAAUGACCUAUUCAAACUUUGGUUUUGGAAGAGUUCAAAUGUGUAUUCAGGGGGAAAGCCAUGUUUUGAGGUGUUACAAUAUAACAACUCGGGUAUAUAAUUAACAUUUCUGUUAUUGAUUAUUUUUCUUCUCGCAAUAACAAGCUGAAGUCACUGAAACUGCUAUCUGUGUUUAUAUGCUGUAAAUCAGGAACAAAAAAAUCUGCUUUAUUUUGCUGGAAAUUGUUGCAAAUUUACUGCUCUGAUUUAGAAGAUAUUUUCUAAAAGUGUCAUUCAGAUAAAAUCAUCCAUUCAAAAAAUGUACAUUAGAGACGAUUGGAAUAUUUGAUAGUUAUGUAUAUACUUUAUUGCACGCUGCUGGAAUAGCAUUGUUUCUCUUC